AUGAACCGCAAUGACAUCUCCGAAGAACUCUUGAAGUGGACAUUCCACAUCUCAACAUUGAACCACCACCAUCGCAAUCGAGGAAAGCCAAAACCAAUGGCUCAGAAUCGUGACCACUACCAGCUAUUCAAAGACGAGGAAACUCGCAUUCGAGCUCAGCUUCGGGAGCGCUUCGUAGGGAAAUCGAUAGAUGACGCAGAUCUUGUACGGACUCCGGCGUUAAUUAUCGAUAGGGGUGUUUUCGAGGCCAAUUGCGCGGGGAUGAUGAAGAAGGCGAGGGAGUGGGGCGCUGAGUUCAGAGCACACUUGAAGACACACAAGACGACUGAAGGGACGAGGCACCAGUUACAGACGAGUGAAGGUAGCACUGGAGCUGUUGUGGUUUCCACUGUGAAAGAGGCCUGGGAAGUAUGGAAUGCAGGGCUAGUUGAAGACGGGGUUAUCCUCUACGGACUUCCAGUUGGUGUCAACAAGGUAUCAGACUUGGCGGGCCUUUGGGACAAGAUGCAACCGUAUGGGGGAAUUGUCCGCCUGCUUGUCGAUCAUCUAGACCAAGUAAAGUUGUUGGAGAAUUUCGAGAAUAAACGGGAAACUAAAAGGCGCUGGUCUGUCUUCGUCAAAAUCAACGGAGGCCAAAAUCGUGCUGGGGUUCCCCCCUCGUCUGAAGAACUAAGGGUCUUGCUCGAGGCUAUUCUGCGCUCCCCCGCCACAAGCCUCCAUGGAUUCUACGCGCACGCAGGCAAUUCGUAUGCGUCCACUUCGAAGUCGGAAGCGACAUCCUACCUGUCUUCCGAGGUUCAGAUUGUCAACGAGGCGGCAGCCUUCGCCCUGUCCAAUUUCGGAGAGCUGUUGAAGAGCGCACAUCGUACCGAGCCUUUCGUUCUGUCUGUUGGUUCCACUCCGACGGCUCAUGCUUCCGGUGCCGAAGCAAAGGAAAUGCUCGACCGUGCCCUUCACGGUAAACUGGAGUUGCACGCAGGAAACUACCCCAUGUUGGACCUUCAGCAACAGCACACUACCCUGAUAGACUAUCCGAGGAUAGCACAGAGAGUGCGCACCACUGUCAUCUCUUAUUACCCAGGAAGAGGAAAGGGAGGGGAGGACGAAGCCUUGAUCGACGCAGGCGCGAUUGCAUUCAGCAAAGACACAGGUCCAUCUGGCUCGUUCGGAGAAGUAGUAGGGAAGCCUUGGAAGUUGGCGAGAAUAUCCCAAGAACAUGGGGUACUGAGUGCUACAACUCGCGGUGAAAGGCUUGAGGUUGGAUCCACGGUGGACAUCGUCGGGCAGCACGCGUGCUUAAUUGCUGCUGUAGGUGCUUUCAAUUAUAUCGCGAGUCGCAUUAAUCUGGGCACACAGGCACAUCCCUGGUUUUACGUCGUAGAUUCUACAAGCUCCGAUAGCAGCAAGAUUGUAGACAUCUGGGUUCCGUGGAAGGGUUGGUGA